UUUCGGGAGGGAUAGAUGGGAUGGAAGAAUGCUUACAUAAAUCUUUUUCCGGAUAUUCAAUCAGAGUGAUACCACAAAAUCCCACAUAGAAUGAAAGAUUUUCGGGUGGGGGAGUUAUCGAUGGUACAUUGAAAUUCGUCGAACUGACGUUGAACCGUUGCUCUCUGAGCGAGAGGUUUAAGUCUUGAAAAUGGAUGAGCAGAUGGUGAUUGCGUUACUCGUGUGGUCAGUGAUAAAUCUCAGCGAGAUUGCCGACGAGGAGAAAUUGGAGAUGCCGAUCUCCAGUCCCAUCUCCCAAGCCACUCAACUCGAGUCCGUGACUCCACAGUUACCAAGAAUUCGUGGAUUUCACCAGCCCCCGGCAUAUCAUCCCCUCGCUAUAAUAAUAAUGUUGUACCGGGUGAGGGGUUGGUGAACAAUACAGAGGGAUCGUGUCGUUGUGGAAUUCAGAAUAUUUCUCGGUACAACGGGGGAAUGAGAGACGACAUCAUUCGUCUUGGAGAUGCUGCCAGAGUAUUGUCGACUUAGCAUACCCCGAUGCCGACGCGCAACAGUUUUACAAAUGACAGCCGCCAGGUCGAGACGAAUGCUGAGUACGUGAAGUGAAGCCCAAGAAAAUAAAAGAACAAGUCAUAGAGACAAGAAAAAAAAAACGGAAGCGACCCAGGGAAAUGCGACACAGGCGAUUUGGAAGGAUAUCCUAAAAAUAAAAUAUUUGUGGGUGAAUCGAAAAACAAAGUGGAGGGACAAUUCGAGGGGUAGGGGGUUGACUGAUAUAAUGUGUAACAGAGAGCGGGAUAAAAAGGUAUUAAAUAUCCUCGGUAUGUCAACGAGGUAUCGACGGUACCACGAGUAUCGUACGAUCCUCAGAUUCCAAAGUUCCCAUCGGAAUCCGAACAGACAUUAAAAACUAAUUGUUUCCUCUCCUCCAGUCGUCUCCAAUUCCAAGUGCGACAACAAAAUAAACAUGAUUGACACUCACAAUCAAUCGGCGGAGACAAUUAAUAAUUUAUCCACACAAAGGCUGAUUAAUCAAAUAUUUACCUCGUUUUUACAGUUUAAGGUAUAAUGAGAUGAUUAUUAUCAGUACAACAAGUUAGUCAGCUGUUAGACCGACGAAUAAUAAUGAAUAUUAACGACCAGUGAUGUAAGGCUGUAAGGCUGUUAAUUGUUCAGUAAAAGUGAAUAGUCAUUGUUUUUUUUUUUUGUGGAAAAUAACAGAUUAUUUGAAGAUGAAAGUAAAAUGGGGGAGAGAAUGCACUCGCUCUGGAAUUUCAUUGUCAAAUUUAAUGAUCAGUUGGGGAGAGGGGGAGGACCGGUGAUAAGACGGUUGUCUCUCCAAAUACUUGGGUAUUCGUGCUAAUGAUGCGGGAUUUAAACGCCAGUGCUUGCAUCGACCCGUACAAGAAUGAUGGAGCGGUCGAUUGGUCGGGACCGGGAAUCGUUGGGACACUAGUUGUACUUGCAAUUGUCGAUGUAAUGGUUGUACUUGGUAAUGUACUCGUUAUCCUCGCUGUCUAUCACACCAGCAAAUUGAGAAAUGUCACCAAUAUGUUCAUUGUGAGUCUUGCCGUUGCGGAUUUACUAGUCGGUGUUGCUGUGCUACCGUUUAGCGCUACCUGGGAGGUUUACAAAGUAUGGAUAUUCGGGAGCAUAUGGUGCUCUGUGUGGCUGGCAGUUGAUGUAUGGAUGUGCACAGCGUCAAUUCUCAAUCUCUGUGCAAUCAGUCUCGACAGAUAUCUCGCGGUCACACGACCUAUCAGCUAUCCUCAGGUAAAAUUCACCUGGCAUUGUCCAUCGUUAGUCAUGGGCCUUGGUUUAUCAAUAAUGCGCGGGGAUGAACUUGAUUGUUACCAGAUAAUGUCAGCGAAGAGAGCGAGAUUACUCGUCGCUGCGGUCUGGGUACUCAGCUUUGUCAUAUGUUUUCCACCACUUGUUGGCUGGAAGGAUCAAAUGUCGUAUCCAUCGUGGAGUGACGCAGAGCCCGAGCGAAAUGGCCCGUUCAACAGUACGACAAUACAUCGUCAUGAGAAAAAGUGCCCGUGGAAAUGCGAGCUCACCAACGAUCGAGGCUACGUCGUCUACAGUGCACUGGGCUCAUUCUACAUACCGAUGCUAGUCAUGAUGUUCUUCUACUGGAGAAUCUACGACGCCGCUGUAUCGACCACCAAAGCCAUCAAUCAAGGCUUCCGAACGACCAAAGGAUCCAAGAUGUUCGGUACUCGAUUUGAUGAGCAACGGUUGACCCUGAGGAUUCAUCGCGGACGUGGAAGUGUUCACAACGGCGCCAACAGUAGUCCACGUAGUCCAGAAUCUAGCCGGAGUGCUUCAGUGAGACGAGACAAGAUCAAGAUAUCAGUAUCGUAUCCCAGCACCGAGACCCUCAGUACCAAGUGCAAUACCCUUGAGCGUACGCCAUCAAAGUGUUCCCAGAUAUCAGUUCAUUACAGCAAUGGUCAGACGCUGAAUCAACUCUGUACAACCCCGAGAAACACUCACCUGAAGGUCAGUGGAAUAAAUCGUGUGGGAAGUGCCAGGAGGGCGAGUCGUCGGAGUAGCUGUGAGAGUCAAGUAACUGGUGAUGAAGUUUCACUUCGUGAACUCACCAGUGCCAGUGAGGAGAAGCCACGUGUAAUGAAGAUGGGCAAGAGAAACAUAAAAGCGCAGGUGAAGAGAUUCCGGAUGGAGACGAAAGCAGCGAAAACUCUUGGAAUAAUUGUGGGUGGUUUUAUACUCUGCUGGUUACCUUUCUUCACGAUGUAUCUACUACGUGCAUUCUGCGAGAAUUGCAUAAACCCAACAGUAUUCAGUGUACUCUUCUGGCUGGGAUACUGCAAUUCAGCGAUAAAUCCAUGUAUCUAUGCCCUCUUCAGUAAGGACUUUAGAUUUGCAUUCAAGCGGAUAAUAUGCAAUUGUUUCUGCAAGAGAAACAGAAAUUCAUUGCGUCGUGGAAGUGACGGAAGCCAAUUGGCAACGAGAAACGACAGAAGCCCAAGUUACUCGAUACGUGUACCACAUCAUGGUGUGUCUAUCGAGGACUCGGAUCCAGAUCCAAACUCCGAUCAUAAUGCCCACUCACAGAGUGACUCUAGAUGACUGUAGCAUAAACGAAAUCGCGUAAAUAAUCGCGUUGUCUUCGAUAAAAAAAAAUCUGUCGCGAUCGAGCUACCGGCAAAUGUGAAUUGACGUUUUUGGGAAAUUCUUAAAUUCCACCUCGGACGAGUGAAUCUAGUCUCCACUCCGCUGUUAAAUUAUAAUGAGUCUCUCUAAAUAAAAAUCGCCCUACGUCAUCCAACGUAUCACGAGUUAAAAGACAAAAGCCAUGUGCUUCGUACAUAAUGUGUGUCUAUCAACGAUUGAUAUCGAUGCUGUAUUAAUAUGAAAUGAUGUUAAGUACAUUUUCCCUUGUAAAUAUUAAUGUAUAUACUUCGGUUUGAAGGAUCUGUUUGUUUAGUUUUUAUUACGCUUCGGUGUUUACUCGCACACUAAUGUGGAUAGAGAACUGUUAACUAGACUAUAAAUACGUGUUUCUAUUGAGAGAUAAACCUGGACAAAUGUAUUCUGCAUUUCGCGUACUAUAAUACUCAAUACGUUAAAUGAGAAGAGUGAAUAAAAUAUAACAAACUGGAGAAAUAA